UGUCAGGCGUUGCACCUCCUACCUUGAAAUCAACCCAGACAGACCGGUUUAUACCGCCGACCCUUGUAUCCAGUUUCAGUGAAUGUUUAAUCCUAGACCUGGUACAACGUGUUAUUCCCUGCAGGCCACAUUACAACCUAAUCAAUAAAUCAUGAGCUGGUUGGGCUAUGUUCCCAAGGGGAAGUUAGAGGAAGUGGAAGAGCUGGCGAGAAAAGAGUCCAGGCGAACCAAUGAAGCGCUGAAACUUGUAAAGGAACAGGGGGAAAGAGCAAAAACACUUGAGGCAGAAAUGCAACACCUGCAGUUCGAGAAAGAAGAAAAGGAAAAGAGAGAUAAAAAGUUAAUGCAGUUUUCAUGGGGACCAAAAAACAAGGCAGCAGGCCAGUGGACAACACAGGAGUUUGAACAACUCCAAACGAAAUUCUUUAAACACUUGAAAGACCCGGAAGGGAACCUGAUACGUGCGAAGAUCCUGAUAUUUGGUCCUACCGGUGCUGGAAAGUCAUCCUUCUGCAAUGGCUUGAGAUCAGCACUGAAGGAUUCUGACACACCUUCCAACUACUACGCCGUUGGUAAUAUCGGCACCACACUUACUAGCAGAUUCCAGGCUUCACGAUACGGAGAUCACUGGAUUAUUGACAUGCCAGGAAUAUUUGAAUCCGGUGAUUUCAAAACGGAGAAUAUUGAAGCUAUUGCAUCCGGCAAGGUUCGCUUUGAUGCCCAGAUAACUAAAACUCUGGAGGUGGAAGACGGCCAAUCUCAACAAGAGGCACGAAGGGAUGUGUCAUGUGUUGUUCUGGUACUCCAUCAUAACAUCGAUCUGGGAGAAGAAUUGAAACGUCAGCUUAAUGUCAUCAUGCAAUUAGGAGGAAAGGGUGUCCUGUCCUACCACCUGGUGCUGACUCACCUGGAUGAGUGUGACCCGCAGUUCAAGGAUCCAGAUAAUCUCCCCAACCUGUACAAUUCACCUCUAGUACAGGAAGCAGUGAAGAACAUGUCAGAACAAACUGGCAUUCAACCAUGCUCCAUCAGUUACGUCAAGAAUUAUGUGACGGAAACAGAAACAGACACAAAGACCAAGCUGCUUCACUUGAAAGCUCUUGACAGAAUCCUCAACUCUGCAGCUGACCAAGUGGAGAAGAUAAUAGAUUCAAAACUUCAGUCGAGCAUGUAUGAUGAUGCCCCUGACGCCUAGGAGAGAAAGCUGCAUCUGCCGGCUGAGAAUGUUGUCCGCUGUGGUAUAUAUGUCUGCCCAGCGAAUGUAAAACCAUGCUGUGUUAUGUAAAUAGAGGCGCUCGCGCAUUAUAUUCAUUAGUGUUCUUCACCAUGGACAUCAUGGUGUCUUGAAAUAUUAAAUAAAAACUAAUACGUGCAUGGUAUUAUCAGAAGAGAAAGGAAACAACAUAUUGAUAUUUUCAAUCUUUGAACUCCACAAGACAGUUUUGAAUACAAAACUGCGACCAAACACAUAUAAUUACGAAAGGAUGUGAUGUUUGUGACAAAACAUUCUAAACUCUGGAGUACAUCAAAUGUAAAUAGAUAAACAGUUUGUAACGUUACAGAACUACUAUGCGUUGGAAAAUAAAUCACCAGUUUGACCGGUCAGGCAUUUUAAGUCAUAAUCAACAACACUUUGACAACCAGUAGAUAGUCUAAUCUGAUGAGAGUAAUAUUUGUAGGUUGUGACGUCUUGUGAUGAUUUGUAGUUCUGCUUCAGUCAAUGUUCUCGUGAUGCGUAUGAAAUAGAUGUGCACCAUUUAGAUUAUUCUCAUUUAUUCACGCUCUCUGCAACAUAUUCUCAUGAUAUGCUUUUACACCUUAUUCAUUAUGGCCAAAUUUCUUAAGACAUCGGACCGAGCGAAAGCAGUUUCAGAAGAAUAGAGAUACCCUGUCCGAUGUCACAUGCGUUUUCGUCUCCGCAUCAUUACACCUGUCGGGGUAUAUAGUAUAUGGAUUCUUUUCCGUUAGGGUUCAAGUUUCCAUACUAAUAGGAGAGGUGCAGUGCAAAGUUUGAUUUUAAUAUUUUGAUUUUCUGAAACAUCCUAGCUAUUUUUCGUGUUUUUUUUAACUUAGAAUUUAUUUCUAUACCAAUUGGAGAACUGUAGUGAAAGUUUGGUUUCGAUAAGUGGAUUUUCUACGAAAAUGUUUUGUACUUUGAAACAUGUUGGAGUCGAAGUCGGGGGUACAAGUGAGCCCUGCACACCUUUUGCCUUGAUCCGUAUGGUAGCCACGAAUGAUGUAAAAUGUGUUCAUGUAUUAAUGUUUUAUGUAUUACUGUUUAAUGUGAACCUGUUCAUAAAGGAUGAGUGCAUUCAUGGGUGUAUUCCAAAAGUCUUCUUUCUCCAUAAAAGAGGGUAAUGAGUGAUUAUUACGUAUGUACAUACAAUUUCACUCCAUGAAUGAGUAGUAACGUGGGCUGUUUACAAGACAGCGAGAAAUAACCAUGGUCCAUGAUCACAUGCUGUUGUAUCUUGACAACUGGUGGCUACGAUCUUUCUUGUAACUAACGGGAUUUUGUAUUAGAAGACUAGAAGUGUUAACGCAAGUAUUAAACAUGUUUUGAGCAUUUGUUAUAAGGAUGGUGUCAACGUGAACUUUUUGUGCUUCUAUGCUCAUCGAUGUGUGUAUGAUUAUAAGUAAAGCUUUCUUGUUAUAAUCACAUUAUGUAAUGCUGCUGUUAGUCGUGUGGGCUUGUUGUAUACUUGUUCUUUCAAUAAAUACCAUUAGAAAAAUG